AUGCCAUUUGGCUUGAAAACGUACCUCAAUCCAGGUAUGGAAGGUGUUGCUGUACUCCUCGAUUACGCGGCUGGCAUAACGGGAUAAUUAGAAGAUUGAAAUACUGCAUUUUUCAUUAAACUGCCCUUUUUGUCAGCAUGCUAGAUUAUCUCAUUCUAAAGCAGCCCAUUGGAUUGCACAAUACAGUUACUCACCCCAAUGCUAGGCGUUGCCUUUUCAUUGAAUCCAAUGUGCUGCUUUAUUCAACAACAAAAAACUGGCAGUAUUUCAGUCUUUGACUGGGAUAAUGGAAUAAUUAGGAGUACAGCGACACUGUCCAUCCCUGGAUUAAGGCCAGGGAGUCCCUCUGUGCCAAGGUUUACUACAGAGAAUCAUCAAGGAGAAGCUAGGCUUCCAGCUGACAUCUACACAUAUAACAUGAACUACCCCAGCCUUGGACAAUGUGUCAUCAUCAACAACAAGAACUUUGACAGGGGAACGGGAAUGAGUUUUCGCAAGGGAACAGACGUGGACGCAAGAUAUGCAAUGACGGUGUUCUCACGUUUGGGAUACAAAGUGAAAGUUGCCAAUGACCAGACGGUGCAGCAGAUCCAACGGCUGCUUUACAGUGUGUCUCAAGACGACCACAGCCAGUCUGCCUCCUUUGUGUGUGUGAUGCUGAGCCACGGAGACGAGGGGGUGUUCUAUGGCACAGACGGAAAUGUGGAGCUGAAGAAGCUCACCGGACUCUUCAGGGGCGACCAUUGCAAAACGCUGGUGGGCAAGCCCAAACUCUUCUUCAUCCAGGCGUGCCGUGGCUCUGACCUGGACUGUGGUAUAGAGACGGACAGCGUUGCUGGUGAGUCUCCAGAGAGGAUUCCAGUGGAGGCAGACUUUCUCUAUGCUUACUCUACAGCUCCAGGCUACUACUCCUGGAGGAACACCGACACGGGCUCCUGGUUCAUUCAGGCCCUCUGUGAGAUGUUACAUCAGUACGGCAAACAGCUGGACAUUAUGCAGAUCAUGACACGUGUCAACCACAAGGUGGCACAUGACUUCGAGGCUUCCUCCAACAUGCCUGGUUUCAAUGCCAAAAAGCAGAUCCCUUGCAUUGUGUCUAUGUUGACCAAAGAUCUCUACUUUCCACAUUGAUUGUAUAUCCUGUGGGACCAUUUAAAAUAUUUGCACAAUGUCUACUGGGGUUCUAAAGACCAUUAAAUAAUACAGAGGGAUGUUGUGAACCAAAUACCACCGUGGAUAAUCACUCAUUCAAAUACUUGUAUUCUGGUUGGGGAAAGUCUAAAAGCGAAAAGGUAUGAUGAGAUGUUUUACCCUGGAGGUCUAAAGGGCAUUAUGUUGGACCACAGAGAAUGCAUUUUUUAUGGGGAAAGGCUGGCAUUAAGUAAUGACUAUGCAAUAGGAGUACUUGCUAUUGAUUUGUUGUUCAUGUAUUUGGGAUGGAACUAGGAAUUAAAAUGUUCUGAAUUAUAGGGUAUAAAGGUAAACACAUUUUCAGAUAACAUGGAAUGAAACAGUCACUCAGGCUUUAAAAGUAUUGAAAAGAUGUGCAAUGUCUCAAUUUAUAUAAAUAAUCUCUCCUGUGAGAUGUUUUUUUCCCAUUUGCACAUUAUACAUUUAAAAUGGGUUACUACAUGAGAUAGAAAUAUGAAUAAAGUAGCUUUUAUCCUUGGUAAAUUGUUAUCCAAAUGUUUUUUCCAAGAAACAAAACAUUUAUGUAAAUGGGAUUUAAGAAAUAAAGAAUAAUAGAAAAAUAAAAUGUGUUUCC